ACAUGAAGUGCAUGUCUUCACUUGGUACAUGUGUUUCUGAAUCAAACCUUGCUGUGGAAGGAUUCUGUACAUGGCCAGAGAAGUCAUGCUGUAAUCACAGGGAUCUAAUUAGAGAGGGAAAAGAGAAGCCUAGAGACUCGCCCUGCAGGCCCAGGAAUACCCAUUGCUGUUCUACUGCUGCACAGUACAGUACACCCAAAACGAACACCAUAACUUUAACCGUUAGGUCAAAUUGUUGUUUUACUCCCCUACCCCCCACACACACAUUCUUUAAGAUCCUAAUGAAGGAUAUAUUUGUUAAGUUUGAAGUAAGAACAUGUAAGUUGUAUCUUGUACAUUUCCCCUGCAGAAGCUAUUCUUUUCUUGUUAUAUUCACUGCCUACAUCUCAAACCGCAUGUCUGAGAUAAAGCACACACAAAUAUUCCAUCUAUCUUCACAAGUAUCGUGUGAAGAAUCAUGUUUUGAGUCCCCACUGCACUAGAACAUUUAGAGGUUAGUGGAUGUGUUAUUAAAAAGAAAAAGAGGGCGGAGAGUCUGGAAAUAGAGGGAUGGUGCAGACCGAGCCGGGUGGAGUCUUCUUGUAACCUCUUCCCCGGCCACAUUUCUCCUUCCAUCCCUGUCUCUGCCGCUCCGUCAGCUUGUAUCCUAAGAACAAAGGGAAAGAAUUCUGUACCCGAGACGUCUUCCAAGAAGAUCAACAUAGAAGGCUCUGAAGAGGAGAAUGAUGGUGUCCUCCUCUGGUUUCACGUCUGUUGCGGCAGUGCUGCUGUUUCUGGCUAGUGGCUGCCGCUGCUCUCCGCUCCUCUUCAAUGCCUCCAUGGAUGGAGGCAGCGGAGACGGAGGAGAGCCAGAGCUCCUGUUCCCCACCUCCUUCUCCACUAGGCCCCCGGCCCCGGUGGAGGAGGGGAGCGCCCAGGUCACCUCGGCCCCUCCCUCCCUGGUCAACGGCAUCACCACCACCAUGAUCCGCCUCAAGGACUUUGUGCUGAGCCGUGUGGUGGACUUCCUGCAGGAGUAUAUGCUCAUCAUCAUCGUGGUGGCUUCCCUCCUCAUCGUCAUGGUCUUCAUCGUGUGCUGCGCCUCCGCCAUGAGCCACAAGCGCAAGCUGGAGGCCUAUAAGCCCCCUGCCGGUGCCCCGUCCUGGAAGGCCCAGGCCGCAGUGGCCACGGCCAAUCCUGUGGAGGAGUACCGACCCUACGCCGUGGACCACGUGAAGAGCGUCCAGAUCCAGAGUGCCAUGACCUCGCCCAAGAACCUGCGCAUGCCGUCCAAGGCACUGGUUGGGGAGAAGGGCAGGGAGGGGAGGUCCUCGCCUCCCCAGGAGGUGCGAAAGGUGAGAGAGACGGAGCCGAUGAUGGAGAGGAGGAGGGAGGAGGCCAGGAGCCCUAAGGAGCAGCUGAAACAGAAAGAGGAGGCGCAUGUGGUCUGCACCUGCCACCAGUAGAAGGCCCACCACUAAGGGAAGGCUCCAACUGGCUCUCUUGACCACCGUUGAGUUGAGGUAGCUAGAUUGGAAGAUUAAGUAGAAUCAGAAAAAUAUAUAUAUAUUUCAAUUAAUAAAUACAUAGUGUAGCAUUCACAGAUGGGGAAAGAUACCCGGAUGUUUAGUGGAAAGCAGAGAUUCAUCUUCAGAGAGAUGUAUAAACAACAACAAGCGGAAGUUGUAUUAGUGUAAAAGAGAUUUCCGUUUUCAAAGACGCACCCAGGCUACGUGCUACCCUUUCACCUACUAUUGUGUCACACCUACCUGUGUUCAUCCAGGAUUUGAUUAGUCAACAUUAUACAAAGAAGCCUCAUCGAGUACAUUGUAAUAUUAUUGGUGGUGGUUAGUGAGGUCCCCCCUUCACUUUAGGCGUCUUUGAGUGUUAUUAAUUAUUAUUAUUCUUCAUGUUUAACCUCUGUUUUCCUUUUAUUCCUAGUCUGUUUUACAUAGUUUUGAAUGAUGACUAUAUGCUCUGUAAGGUGACCUUGGGUGUCUUGAAAGGCGCCUCUAAAUUAAAUGUAUUAUUAUUAUUAUUAAUAGAAGGAUAGCAACCGAUAUUUUUUAAUUGAUAAUGCAAACACUAAAAUUAAAUACAGUUGACAAAAUAUUUGAAAUUAAAGUCUCUCAUGAAUAAAAAUAAUUUGCUUUGUUAA